CUCCUUCAGUCUUCACAACCGUCAUCAUGAAAACUCUCCUCCUUUCCAUGCUCCUGGCUGUCGCUGUGGCCGACAAGCCCUCCUUCUCCUACGACGCCCCUGCAUCCCGCCCAUCCGGCCCCGUCAGGGUGAUCGAAAUCAUCCGCGACGACCGAGUCCACCCUGCUGCUGACGGCUCUUACACCUUCGACGUCGAGACCGAGGACGGCAUCAGCAGGCAAGAGGCCGGAGGCGUCGGGGGCUCUCAGCAAGGCUCCGUGAACUUCAAGUUCCCCGACGGCCAAGUGUUCGACCUCCAGUUCGUCGCCGACGCCAACGGUUACCAGCCUCAGUCGCCCUUCCUGCCCGUGGCUCCUGCCUUCCCCCACCCCAUCCCCGCCCACGCCCUCAGGCAGAUCGAACGCGCACGCCAGGAGGAAGCCGCCCGCGCCCGUGGUGAGAUCCGCCAGGCUCCUUCCCAGUCCUACGGUCACCCUCAGUAAGAGCAUCCUGAUGUGUGAUUUGCCUCGAGAUGUUUGCGAGACCUGAGCGCGUGCUGGUGUGAGCCAGACUUAGUGUAAUUAUGGCCAUAUUUAUUACAUUAAUAAAAUAAGU